GGCGAGCAGCGGAAGUGGAGUGGUUGUUUCCGGUGGUUGUGUUUGGUCUGGUCUGGCUCGGCUCGGCUCGGCUCGGCUCGGUACAGAUCAGCGGCCGUAGGAACCAGCAGCAGAGAACCAGAGUGUGACCGCGGAGGAAAGAUGGCGGCCCCUGCUCUCUCCGGUCGGGCUGGCUCGGCGGGCAGCCUCGGGAACAGCCCCACCAUGGCCGCGGGGAGGCUGCCGCACGGCGGCGGCGGCGUCGGGCCCGAGCUCGACUUCAGGUCGGCGGCCCGCAUGGAGGACCUGAACCGGCUCAUCCAGGAGUUCAGCAAGCACGACCAGCGGGAGUACGACGACCAGCGGGCUCUGGAGAUCCACACGGCCAAGGACUUCAUCUUCUCUAUGCUGGGAAUGGUCCAGAAAUUGGACCAGAAGCUCCCGGUGGCCAACGAGUACCUCCUCCUGUCGGGAGGUGUUCGCGAGGGUGUGGUGGACAUGGACCUGGACGAGCUGAGCGUCUACGCCCGCGGAACAGACUACGACAUGGACUUCACUCUGCUGGUCCCAGCACUUAAACUCCACGACCGCAACCAGCCGGUGACCCUGGAUAUGAGGCACUCGGCCCUGGGCCACUCCUGGCUCAGCCUCCGCCUCUUUGAUGAAGGAACCAUCAACAAGUGGAAGGACUGCUGCACCAUCGUCGACCACAUCAACGGGACCACCAACUACUUCUUCUCUCCAACACUGGUGGCUGACUGGUUCUACCAGUCCAUCUCCCUGGUGCUGCUGGAGGUGCAGAAGAAGCCACAGAGGGGGAUGCCAAGAGUGGAAAAGGUGGAGAGGAACGGCACCAUCAUCUCUGUCAUCCUGGGUGUUGGGAGUAGCCGGAUGCUCUAUGACAUCGUCCCUGUGGUGUCGUUCAAAGGCUGGCCAGCUGUCGCUCAGAGCUGGCUGAUGGAAAACCACUUCUGGGAUGGGAAGAUCACAGAAGAGGAGGUGAUCAGUGGUUUCUACCUUGUCCCCGCCUGCUCCUACAAAGGCCGCAAGGAGAACGAAUGGCGCCUGUCGUUUGCCCGCAGCGAGGUGCAGCUGAAGAAGUGCAUCUCGUCCAGCCUGAUGCAGGCCUACCAGGCCUGUAAAGCCAUCAUCAUCAAGCUGCUGUCCCGCCCCAAAGCCAUCAGCCCUUACCACCUGCGCAGCAUCAUGCUAUGGGCUUGUGACCGCCUCCCCGCCAACUACCUGGCGCAGGACGACUUCUCCGCCCACUUCCUGCUCGGCCUGAUUGACGACCUGCAGCACUGCCUCGUCAACAAGAUGUGUCCGAACUACUUCAUCCCCCAGUGCAACAUGCUGGAGCACCUGUCGGACGAGACGGCCAUGCUGCACGCCCGCAAACUCUCCUCAGUGCGCUCCGACCCGGCCGAGCACCUGCGCACCACCAUCGAGCACGCCAAGGCCGCCAACAGGCUGACCGUGGAACUGCAGUGGCGUGGCAGCUCCAACAACCUGCCAUCGCCACAGUCCGACGCCGGUGGGGAGAACCAGCCAGACGACCGGCUGGCCAAGAAGCUGCAGCAGCUUGUCACGGAGAAUCCUGGCAAAUCCAUCUCGGUCUUCAUCAACCCGGACGACGUCACACGACCGCACUUCCGCAUCGACGACAAAUUCUUCUGAGACUGAAAAACGUUCUCCCAGACCUCUUCUUCCUCCUCCUCUUCCUCCUCUUUCUUGCUUCCUUCCCUCUCCUCGCCUGGUGCCCUGCCUCCUCUGAAACUUUAUUUUUUACAUUUUUUUAUGUUUCUCUGCCACAGAGUGAAGUGAGGUGAUCGUCUAGUUGUGUCUGCCACAGUUUUUUAUUUUUUAUUUUUCUAUUCCCUCUCCCCUCUUCCCUCCUCUUUCACUGUGUGCCCUGUGUUUUUUUACCUGCUGAAUGCCUUUUAAAUAGACAGAUGAAUAGCAGCAGGUUGUUUUUAAAACUGAAGGACGAGGACAAAAAUCCACCUUCAGACGGAAUUCAUGCUCCUAUGUUACGAUAGUUUAAUGUCAUUAUCAGGGAUCCUGGAAAUGAGACAAAACCACCGCCUCCUGAAAACAUCACAGAAGCUUGUUCAGAGUUUAUGUUGGGUUCAUGGUCAGACUUUAAGCCUGCAGUUACCUGUAAUAAAAUAAAAUAUGAUGUAAUCUUUACUGCUGAGAGAAUAAAAGGUCAUACUACACCUUUACUUAGUAAAGGUGUUAAACUGGAACUGACACAAGACACAAAAAUGACACUAAAUAUUUCUUCUCAUUUUAUCUAAUAAUUAAGACUUAAUAUGGUAAUUAUAUAUACUAUCUCAUAUACUUGUCCAUUAUUCUCUGAAAAUGACUUUUCUCCUUAUCAGAGUCAUAAGAAAUGUUAAGUAAAAGUGAGCAUCAUCAUCAGCAAGUUUAACCUUAACACUAAGUCAUUACUUUGAGAUACUUACUAGAGAGAUAAUUACAUUAAAACACUUAUUAUGAAAACAUUUUUAAUAGAAUUAUGAGAUGCUAUCUAAUAAUUAAAAGCAGAUAUUGAGACAAUAUCAAAAUAAUAAUUAUUAGACCAUAAUGAGAAGGUGAUAACAGCCUAAUGUGGCAGCAGUUUGUCUGUUCCUUGUGAUUUUAAAACAUUUAAAACUGACUUUCACGUUCACAUUGUUCACGGUUUCACCCCACAUCUGAACAGCAACACGACUGUUGAACAGGACUGUGCUGUACAAGAUUGUAAACACCUUCAGGAGGUGGGGAUGCCGAAUGGUUGGUCCGGUCUCAGAACCAGGAGUAAAGACGACAGAGUUGCAUCUGAAGGUGGAUUUUGUCCCUCUGAGGAAUGUCUUAGUCCCGCCGGGGGAUGAUGGUACUAACGUCUUAGAAACUAACUGUAAAUAGAAACUGACUGAACACCAAUGUGUGUAGAUAGAAAAUGAAAUAGAGACUGAUGAUGAUGAUGAUGAUAAUGAAGAUGUGUGGACUACUUUAUGUCUAACUUUGCACAGAAUGUAAAAAACACUUUCCUCUCGAUGGUGGACGUUGUGUUCGUCCUGAUUCUGAAAUAAUGUAUCAUAUCAUUAGACAGGUGGCGCUCUACAGACAAACGGUCGUACUGCACGUUUUACAUGUGUAUAUUAACCCGUGGAUAAGUAGGAAGUACACAGUGAUACUGCAGUAAUACUUCAUCAUGUGCUCACUCACACAGUCUUGGUGAUGAAACUGGUGAUGUGAACAUUAGUUUUCACGCUUCGUUCGCACAUUCAGGCUCGCACAUCACUGGAGACACAACAUGGUGACAUUCAUUAUGAGCUGAACCUUCAAAAACAUUCACCCACUACUACUCACUAAGCCUGUUGAUGUGAGGAAAGGAGCAGCGCAGUCAGCUCAGAGUUCGUUUUAAACUCCAGGAAAAUCCUAAACAAACUCCUUCGAUGUGCAGGAGCAACAACUACAAAAACUCCCUCUCUACUCCACCAUGUAAAGGAAUUUAAUUUGGUUAAAACACGGGAAAUGACCUGCUGUUGUUUGGCCAGUUUCACGUUAACAUCAUAACAACAGUUUUAAACAGGACCUGAGUCAGAGCUGGGUAUUUGAAUCACCUGCUCAACAUUUAACAGGCCUGAAAGCUACAGACGUGUUAAAGGACAGAAACAGCUGUGAGGUUUGAACCUGAAUGAGGUUUUAGAGCAGAAACAAACCUGUUAGGACCUUCGAGUCCAUCCAACAGUAUCACUGUUCACUUCCAGUCCUCUCCACAGUUCAACAGGUUAAUCUGCUGCAGUACGACCGUCACCUGGUAGAGUCGCAUUAUAUCUCUUUAGACAUGAUAUCACUGGCAUCUCUUCACGUAUUCCUCUCACUUUCUUCCAUUUGCUUUGUUUUGGUCAGAAGUGAUCGCACGUUUUAAUAUGCUUCACUGUUUCUGUUUUGUUUCAAGCUGACCAAUAUUUUUGUCUUCCGCUGCUUUUUUUGUGUGUCUAUAUGUUGACGAUUCAACUUAAUUCAACCAGCUCCGGAUGAACUCAGCUUCCAGCCACACAAUCUGAUUGGUCGAAAACAUUGAUGGUUGAUUUGGUUCCAGCCUUAUUCUAAUGGUCUGAAGGCGUCAUGUGGGAUGUCCCACCAGUCAGAUCAUAUUUAUCAGGACUAAAGAGUGAGACUGAAGAAGAACUCAUGAGUGAGAGGGAUGUCCUAGAACUUGGCAAACACAUGGUGUGUUCCAGUUGUACUCAGAAGUCGGAUUUUCUGAAUUCCUAGUCAAAUGUUUCGACUAGAACACCUCCAAAGGUCGGACUUCCAUCUCAGAAAGUCGGACCAACCCUGACAUAAGAAUUGAGCUGGUUUUGCUAACAAUGAUUAGUCCAAGAUACGUUUGAAUGAGUUCCCGUUCAUGCUUCUUGCAGUCAGGUCAUAGGUGACGUCGCUCAUAGUUCUGACAUCAGACAUAAAUGGAACACGCCAAGACACCUGCUGUUUUUGCACCUGUGUCUAAGCAUCAUGGGAGUUGUAGUUGGUCCUGAGCUGGUUGUGUUGACACAGAGUCGUCCCCAGUUUCUGUUCAAUUUUCGUGUCGUCUCAGCUGUCCCAAACAUUUCCAGAAAAAUGCCAAAAAAACCUGCAGACAUCUGACCGGCAAUGUGAUCUCCAUACCCUCAUUCUCAAGUGCAAUUAGUGAAACUACACACACGACAAGUACACACACAGGCACACACACAAACGUACAUCAUGUAGCAUUAAGACACUAAAAGAAGUUAAAGCUGGUUUUAACGAAGACACAAACACACCACAGGACACUAAACCCUCCACAAACCAACACUAACACACACUCAGAGGUUUUUCACACCAUUAAAGUGCCACACCCUCUCCUGCUCGGUGAAAAUGUGAUCAGUGUGUUGUUCUUCUGAGCUUCAUGACCUUUGACCUUAUUCCUCUCUGUUUGUUCAGAACCUUUCAACUGUGAGUUUAUUUUUCUCUGUAUCUUGCUGCUCUGCUUCAUUCUGAUGAUGGAUUUCUUUAUGCAAUGUUUGACUUUGGAUGGGUUCACCCUUCAGAUGGCAGCUCCUCCUCUGUCUGUGAAGGUUCUCCACUACAGUUCACUGUACAGUAGAGUCUAGAUAAAGUCUUUAAACCAGUCUGUUCUCAGUGAGUUACUGUAGAUCCUCUCCCCACAUCAACUCUGUAGAAAGAGCUGGACCUUCAGUCAAACCUCUUUCCUGCUCAUUGCCACUUUUAAAAUCUUGUUCACAACAAGUCUGUGGUAAAUCUGAUGUGAUGAUAAAGUUUUAUUAUCCUGCAGGACUACGCCCCAGCAUCAGACCCUGAAGAACUCCAAAGGCUCUAAUUCUAAAACCUAGCACUCAGAAAGUUGAAUCAAAGUCUCUUUUUAAUAGCUGCAGUGCUCACCACCACUCAGAAAAUGUAAUUAUUAAACCUGCUGUAAUGAACCGUACAGAGACCUGUUCUGUUUUUACACCUUUCACAGACUCGAUAAUAAAUAAAUAAGUUAUGUGUAGAAGUUAUUAACGUGUGUAAUGUCAUCUUGUCCAUAUAAGAUAAUUUCAGCUCAAAAUUUGUAAAUUAAACUCUGCAAAUUGUCCUUUGCACAAAGAUUCUAAUGACCGCAGAGGUAAUUAUGUUGUGCACAAAAAUCUAUUUUAAUUUAUGCAAAAGUUAUGUUGUGCAUCAACAUUAUUUGCUUGUGCAUAAUAGACAAUAACUUGUGCACAAAAGUUAGCAUUUUGUUUGCAGAUGUUGUGUGAACAAGUAAUUAGUUUCUAUUAGUACGUACAAGACGACAGCUUGUGUGCACAGUUGACCAUCAGUUCGUCUUCAGUACACCACUGGAUAAUCACAAAAUACUUCACAAAUUCAAAAAUGAAUCUCGUACAAACAAGAUUUUAAAAACCUCAUAUUUCAGGGCGUUGAGUGAUGAAAACAUGGUGCUGCGAUGUGACGAUGAGUCCUGUGUAACUCACCCUGUCACCCUGAACCUCAGUGAGCUCCACAAAUAUUUAGACAAUUCAAAUCUGAGCUGCUGGUGAACAAAUGUGUUAAAGAAGCUGAAAGUCCUGUGAGACUGACAAUCCACUAGUUCAAACUCACCUGGACACCACGUCUUCUAUGUGAAUUUACUCUCAUGGGAUCUAUGAUCAGUACUGCAGUACCUCUGACUGCCACUGGGGGGCAGUGAGGGUGUAACUGAGGGGUGGAGGCAGUGAUGGAGCAGCUCUCUCUCUGAUGGUGUGAUUCAGACGGAGCGAGCUGAGAUCUGAACGGUGCUGUGACUGUAUCCUCCUGUAACCUGGAACUACUGGUGUAAAUAGCACUUCAUAAAAUAACUGAAACUCC